AUGACCGAAGCAAACAGGCCCGACAAGCUCGACCCCGGUGCCAUCCCCGCCGUUGCCGUGCCGAGCCCGGUUCCCUCCCCGACCGCAUCCUCCAUCACUCUGCCACUCUCCGCUAACCCUCCUGCUCCUACCUCAAACGGCGCCGUCCGUACGACGUGCGCGGCCCCUACGAACGGCACGACCCCUGCAAACGGCUCGAACAGCGCCGCCCAGGCCAAUGCCCAAGUCAAUGGUGUGGCGCUCAACGACGUCCAAGGCUUGGUCAACAGUGGUGUAUCCAGCGGCCUAGCCAGCGUCGACAGUCUCCUGAUUCUGUCGAAAUUUGACGAACUCAUCUCCGAGAUUCGGGGUCUGCGCGACGAAAUCAAGGAGUUCAAGGGCCAGCAGGCUGCCGCGUCUGCUGCGUCUGCUGCGUCUGCUGCGUCUGCCGCUGCUGAGGCGGCCAAGGAUGCUGGUGUCCGAAAGGAAACCGCCGACGAGCGCGAGAUCCGAUACACGCGUGCGCGUUUCCUGUGGAACAAUUCCGACCGGCUCCUACUGCAAAAGACCUGCGUCCCCUUUUCCGUGCACUUUGCCCGAUUCGAAGAAGUGCGCAUCUUGGUGGGCGAGCUGGAGCCUCACCCACACGAUGUGGCGGGCGGGGCGCGGCUCGCGCUCAAGUUGCACGCGACGCUGCACCCGGACAUGAAGGCAAGACUGCAGCGGCCGAGCAAGAUGGGAUACCGCCAGUUUGUGGAGCAGUGUCGGCACUGCGACAUGAAUGUGCAUCAUGAGCAGCUGGCCAAGCGAGUUAAAGGGCCGACGUAUCUCGAGGAGGUCAUGCGGAUGUGCGAGUGA